AUUGUUGAUAUCUCGCUAUAUCAGUGAUAGCCAAUAGAAAAGCUCGAUUUUCCUUUUUUUUUCCCAUCAUGUAAGUAUGGAGAAUACUUAAAUUGCUGCAACUGUCACUCACUCCUCGAUGUUGUAUCUUCCACUGUCUAUCACGCGUCGCGAAGAACCAAGAAAAAAUUGGCCUGUGUAUUAAAGAAAUCAGUACGGCGGAAAAAAUACACGAAAUAAAAUCCGUUUCUCUAAAAUCUGCUGUCUGAAAUCUGCUCUUACAAAUCCGCUCUCCAUUCGCAUCUCGACUUUCGCAAGAGAAUGAACAUAUUUGACGGUCACUUCAAGUUAAAUCAAGAUCUUCUGAGGUUUUAUGGUUUGUGGCCUUUCGAAAAAACGAAAUUUGAGCGUUUUCGUGCAGUAUGCUUCUAUAUAUUACUCAUUUCUGCAGUGAUUAUUCAGCUAGCACAAUUUGUUACAGCCGACUUACGUAUAAACGUUGUUGUUAAGAUUUUGUCGGAUUCUUGUUUGUGUUUGAUAUAUGUUAUAAACUUCAAUAUAUUUUUAUUCAAUACUAAGAAACAGAUGUUAACAGAUCCGCAGGAAAUUAAAAUCGUAGAACAUUACGUUUACCAAGGAAAAAACAUUACAGUUGCGGUAACAUUGCUGCAAAUAUGUAUGGCAUGUACAUUAUUAAUGAUACAACUGACACCAGAUAUCCUCGAUUUUUUGCGGCCAUUAAAUGAAUCACGUGCGCAUUAUUUACUACUCCUGAGUGAAUACCAUAUAAACGAAGGAAAACUAUUUUAUUAUAUCAUCUUGUAUAAUAGUGUUAGUUACAAUAUUGGUAUUUCGUCGACAAUAUCCAUCAGUUUGAUAUUUGUACUGAGUGCUUUACACUGCUGCGCAAUAUUUAAAAUUUGCAGCUAUCGAAUACAACAUUCUGUAGACAAGAAAGUAAUAACGUGCUUUAACAAGAAAAACGAAGUCAUCAAAAGAAUAAUUAAAACAGUAGAACUCCAUAAAAAUGCACAAAAGCUUUUUAAAUUGUUGACAACAAGUUUUACACUAUCUUUUCUUCUUAUAGUAGUGGUAGGCAUGUGUUCUUUUGUUUUAAAUUUAUACAGACUUCUGUUUGCAAUAAUAAGCAUGGAUGAUUUCAUGGAAUUUAUGAUAGCAACGUGUUAUAUUAUUGGACACGAACUUUAUCUUUUUGGAACUACUUUUCUGGGACAAUUGAUGGUAAACUAUGCUGACGAAUUAUUUAUCACAACAUAUAUGUCUCUGUGGUACAAGACGCCUGUAAAAGUUCAGAAAUUGUUCUUAUUUGUCAUGCAAAUCUCCUCGAAAAGUGUUGUGCCGAAUCUUGGCGGUCUAUACGUUUCAGUAAUGGAAAGCUUUACCUCGGUCAUGAGCACAGCAAUUUCCUUUAUGAUGGUAAUUUAUUCCAUACAGUAGUUUCAUAAACUAACGCAGAAAACGUAGCUAUUCGUAGUAAUAUACACAUGGAGAAAUUUUUCCCUGUAGACUAAAGUAGAAAUAUUUAAUUUAGCUAAA